AUGGGAGGCAUUAGCGUCCCUUCAUCUUUAACGGGAAUUUUCCUAUUUUCAAGUAUUUCAUGCGUUUCCGCCAUACGCUUUAAGGUUCCUAUCGACCCUACUUGGCUAGACUACUUGGCCAAAGAGUCUGAACACCUCGAAGAUCUUGGAAAAGUAAUCGAUAGCUUCAAAUAUGAUAUUGACAUGCAUUGUGCUACCGGAGGAAAUGACAUUAGACAUGAAAAUGGGUACUGGGAAACUCUUCAGGCACUCGUCGAUACUAUUGGUGUAGCACAAUUCCGAUUUUCAGGUGCUGUUCAGUUUAUGAAACAGGGCCAAGAAGGUAGGGAUGUGAUGGAAAGUUAUGGUCUUCCUGAUCUUCAAACGGCGGAUAAUAUAUUGCGUUCACUUAAAGUAUGGUUUAAUUAUCUUGAUCAUUUGAUACCACUUUUUCGAGAUCGAGCGGAUGUUAUCGAAAGGAUCCCUGGGUUCACAAAGCCGGACACACAGACCAGCGGAACUAAUCUCAGGGAGCUGAGCUUUUCGAUCGAUAUGGGUCGGCCGGACGGGCGAGGGAACAUAUUAUAUAGUAGCGAUAGUAGGCAACAGUUUUAUGAUAGGUUUAAGAAGGUUGUCGUUGCAUCGGAAAAAACGAUCAAGGAUCUUGAGAAGGGUAUAAUCUGGGCGAGGACGGAUAUGUCUGGGCCAAUGUUUAACAAGCUGCUCCGGGGUAGGGACCCUGACAACGAUGAGGAAUCAGAGCCAGAUGAAGAGGAAGCGGAAGGCGAAGACGGGGAAGAAGGUGGAGACGAUGAUGAAAACCAAGGCGAGGGUGAAAUGGAAUUAACCAAUCAAGAAAACGGAGGCCUUGUCGGAGAGAAUGUAGAGGGACAGGGGCACAUAAACCAGGCAGAACCUGCCAAUACUAUCAACGAAGCCGCAUCCAUUAUCCCAGCCCAACAAAAUGCUGCAGCUAGCGGUGUGGUCAACAAUAGCAAUAACGCUAAUGCAACCAAUCAGUACAGCAUGGAGGACAAUUUCCGUCGGAUCAGAGCAUGGUUCAAGUGUUGGGGUGGACAGGGUUUAAGACUAAUCAAGGCUCUGGAUAAUGUGGGCCCAGCACCACCCGCGCCUCCGUACUGGGUAGUAGUGAAUGGCAACAAUGGAGAAAUGGCACCGAUGCAAGCAGCAAGUAGCGGCCAGCAGAGGCAGUCUCAAUCAUAA